AUAUUACGGUUGAUUUAUUCAACUUUAAAAAUUGUCAUACAUAACACACGCUGUUUGAGGGUUGUCAGAGUUGGGUUGAUGUUUCUACUCGGAGGAUUGUAUGUGCGACACUGCAUCCAGUGGCAGCCACUGAGGUGAACUGACCACAGGAGCCUCCCCAGGCUGACCACUUUCUCUCAGUUUAACAUAUGGCUAUUAACGUUUAAACUUGAUAGGCUUCGUCGUAUUGUGAUCAUAUUAGCCUGAGAAGAAGGCGGUAUUUGUGGCAGCCACAGUCGUUCCCGUGACUUCGCAGGCAGCCGGUGGACCAUGUCACCUUCACGGUCCGUGUUGCUGGUAGGAGAAGGGAAUUUCAGCUUCUCCGCCUGCGUAAACCAGUUCUGCUCCGAAUCCGAAAGCCGUGUUACGGCCACUUGCCUCCAGUGUGAAGAGGACGCACUGCGGCAUGAAGGCGCAGCCGCCAGUAUUCAGAUCAUCAAGGAUUCAGGUGGGACGGUUCUGUUCGAGGUGGACUGCACAAAACUCGGAGAAUGCGCCUCUCUGCAGGGAUGUGUGUUUGACCUUGUCGUGUUUAACUUUCCUCACAGCGGGAGAAAAAGUGGUGUUAAGAAGAACAGAGAGCUUCUCAAAAAAUUCUUCCUCAGUUGUGUUGAUGUGUUGGCUGAAGAUGGGGAAGUCCAUGUUUCCCUUUGUAAUGGCCAAGGUGGGACACCAGCAGACCAGCCGAAGCGAGAGUGGCACAACAGCUGGCAGGUUGUUUCUAUGGCAGCAGAGGCACACCUGAUCCUCAGUGAGAUCCAUCCGUUUGAAAGUGAGAAGUUCCAGAGUUACAAGUGCACUGGAUACAGGAGCCAGGAUAAGGGCUUUCAUUUGGAGAAUGCACUGGUCCAUGUGUUUUCUCGCAGCCUGCCUUACAGCUCUGCUCAUAUUGUUCAGAUGGAGGAGGAUGUUGAAGGGCAGCAGGUCCAGUACAACAUGCCGGCAGAGCUCAGUGAUUACAUGUUCAGGGGAUUUCUGUCUUCAGACUCUGUGCACCCUGUCAGAUUGAUGCAAGACUUUGUACUCAAAGGACUGGUGGAUAGUUGGCCAGUCUCCAUGUUAACGGAGAGCCUUCCUAUUCUGGUUACGUCCAAACAGCUGCAAAAGUGUUACAGUGAGAGAAACACCACAAACUGCUACUGGAUCACCCCGACUCAGAGAGAAUGUAGCUCUGACCAUCACGGCUCUGCAGGCACACCAAAAAGCCAGUUAUUUUUAUUGGACGGUCGGAGGCCCACAGAGCCACUAGACACAUGCAGAAGUGUUACCUCUAACGAAGACAGCGUGAGGAGCAAAGGAGCUGACACUCUGAGGUCUACGUACUCUUUUGAUGUUGAUCGUGAAGAGGAAGAAGGACUUUAUGUGCUGCGUCCGACACUCCUCCCUCAUAUGGAAACAUUUAUAACUCAAGAAAAAGAACUGAUGAGCAAAAUGUUGAGCCAUCAAGAAAACAAAUGGAAUGUUAACAGUGGUCAAACUGAAAAUGUGGAGCAGGAUGCCCGUGGGUGCUGUAAGGGUUUCAGCAGCCUGCUAUUUGGUGUUAGUGGUGUAGUGUUCAGAAAUGUUCCCAUCAACCUCUGGGCUCUGCCUGCCUUUCAUGAGCUCCUCUUCAGAGGUCUGUUUCAUUCAGAAUGUGAACCAGUUAAAUUACUUGGACAACAGUUAGAAACGCUGCUCGCUCCACAUGGAGUUUCCCAGGUUACCGAACAGGAUGCUCUGUGUUUGACGGCACAACCAAUGGGAGUAAUUGGAAAGGUGACUGCAAGAAAUGCACACGAUACAAAUAACAAAGUUAGCAUUACCAUUUCCCUAAAUUUGGACCUCCUUGCUGUGCUGUUAUUCUCACUCCCUGACUGGCGGCUGCUUUGGUCACAUGACCCACGGUUUUUAAAACAGUUUGAGCUCUGUCCCUCACCAAGACAAACUUUUUGCCCAUUUUCCCUGUUCCCUAAGCACUUCACCUUUGAUAUCAGCUUCUGGACAGGGCCGGUCUGGGAGGAGAUGACCUUCCACGCUGUGGUUCGAGAGGCAAGUCAUGGGACUGUGCAACAAGUGAAACUCAUUGAUACGUUCUCACAUCCUGACUUGAGUCAGACCAGCUACUGCUACAGACUGACGUAUCACUGUCACACACAUGCACUGUCACAAACACAAGCCCUCCAGUUUCACAAACACUUGGAAUCCUUGUUGUCCUCUCGUUUGCAAGUCACCAUCAGGUAGCUGUAACUCUCACUUAAAUGUUGAGGUGGAACAACUAUUUUCUCAUGCUGCAUUCACAUGUUGGGUGUGGGUAGCAGGCUAAAAAGCAGAUGUUUGUGUUCAUUGAGGGGCCGAUGGAAAAUUUUGCCAGAGAAGAAUUGAAGACAUACCUUCACACCAUGAAGGUUUGUGUUCUGAAAAAUUCAUUUUCAAUAUUUUACUGCAGCUAGAAUGAUAAGCAGUGAGAGACCAAAUAUUUAUCCUGUGCAGAGACGCCCAGUUUUAUAUUGAGUAAACAGGAAUAAUUUAUGAUCUUACAGAGAGAUGAAGCUAUAAGUUGACUUUUAAACAGUCAUCAGAGCCAGAGUUUCCUGUUUUAAAAUAAAACAGCUAAAACACUGUUACAGCUUUCAAGUAAGCAAAUUAUUGCCCAUCUUAACAGAAAAAUGGCAACAUCUCAAAUCAUCAUCUGCCUUCUGUGACUGCAGUUCUAUUUACAGUUGUAGCCACAGUGCCUUUAAAUGGGUCUUACUAUCUAUAUUUUUGUCAAAGAAAUAUACUGUAGCUCACAUUUGUCUUAAAAACAGUUGCUGAAAUGGCAACCAUGAGCUGCUGUUUCGCUGAUUCAGCAUGUUUAAUUAGCAUUGGCACCCAUGGUUGAGAAAGCGCCCUCUCACCGGCUGUUCAGCUUUUAACGAGUCAGUGCAUGAGAAGAAAAAGAGAAGUAUUGAAAGAACACAACAAAGUCAAGAGACUAUAGACCAUAUACUGUACAUAAAGAGUUUCACACCAAGCUGUCAGUGAUGACGCAAUGCAGUAGAAAUGGUGAGCAAACACUGCUUUGUUUACAUUUCAUCACUUCAUAUCUACAGUGUACGUGUAAAUAUUCACAGCGUUUCACUUUUUCCACAUUCUGUUAUGUUACAGCCUUAUUCUGAAAUGGAGUAAAUUCAUUUUUUUAUUCUCGAAAUUCUUCUCACAACACGCCAUAAUGACA